GGACUCGGAAAAGGCGGUGCCAAACGUCACCGGAAGAUUCUGCGCGACAACAUCCAGGGUAUUACCAAGCCAGCUAUUCGCCGUCUUGCCCGCCGUGGUGGCGUGAAGCGUAUUUCAGGUCUCAUCUACGAGGAAACCCGCGGUGUCCUCAAAAUUUUCUUGGAGAACGUUAUCCGGGACUCUGUCACUUACACAGAACAUGCUAAGCGCAAAACAGUUACUGCUCUUGAUGUCGUCUAUGCGCUGAAGCGGUCAGGGCGCACGUUGUACGGUUUUGGUGCAUGA